AUGUCGAGACCGGUAAAUUAGUUUUGUAAAUUGUUAAUUUAAUUUUAAUCUGCGCGUCAUCACAUCGUGCUCUCGAGCUGCAACUAUUAUUUUCAAUUUACGCGCUUACCCCGUUGUAACAAGUGUUCAAAAUGUUGUCUACGUUAAAAUUAUAAUAUUAUAAUGCUAUUAUGACGUAUUCAAUUCCACGAUAAAAACGUUUUAAUUCGAUUUUUAUAACCGUAGGUCUAUGUUAUUCAUUUUGUCGAUGCGUUUUGAAUUUCCGAAAUUUUUUCCGAUUAAACAUUCAAUAACACCGAGAAUGUACUAUAUUGUAUCGACGACGUCCACAAUCCACAUUUCACCCGAUUCAAUAAGUGACUAAAAGUGGCGAAUAACUUGUCUGUACAGUCAUUUUUAUAUUGCGCGUAGGUGCACAUAACGGUAUUGUGUUUUAUCGAGACAAUUACAGUUGAUUAGAUAGAAAUAUAAUUAUUUAUCAUACUUUAUAUAUAUAUUAAUCACACAACUUUUACGAAAUCUAGACGCGUGGCAAAUCUGAUACACUUUCAAUACGUUUAUGAUGUUGUUUUAUCGUAGGUAGUGAACAAAGUGAUCGUUUGUUUUAUCUAGAUAAUAAAAAAAUUCCCGAUUGUUUAUAUUUAUAAUAUCAAUUAUCUAGGCAUUAUCUUUAUACAACGCUGAUAAGUAGUCCGAAAUAUAGAACAGGAUCGAUCGAUUGAAUAUCCCUGCGACUAGCUCUAAAAUAUUAAGGCAUUUGAAUGUCGUGGUGCACACACGCCAGUAUCCGACCUGAUCAAACAUGCUUCUAUAUUAACUCGCGCUAUGUAUGAACGUUUUUUUUUUUACACCCGGAUUUAUGGACGUGUGCUACGCAGGACUCGGGCACAUGCUUGAUCACCGAAACUCGCGAUGGCCGGUCACGAGCGGAACAGUACGCGGCCGAAAAACGCCGUCAUAAGGCGGACAACGCUGGCCACUGGUAUCCGCGGAUCGUGUCCUCUUACGGGCUUACCGAAAAUUCGCCCUGGACUCGCCGCUUGAAUGCCGAUCACGAAAUCGGGGCCACCGGCAUUCGGUGUCCGGUAAGAGCGGCCGACGAGGACUUUUACGGGUAUGAGGACGCGGACGCGGCGGCCCUGGCCCGGAAACCGGUUUCAUUCGUAAUAUUCGGCAAACCGGGUACUCCGGACGAACAGCUAGCUGACAUAUUAGCCGCGUAUUGGGGAUGCGUCCACGUGUCUCCGGCCUUGGGGCUGGUGUCCGGCCGUGCGGACGCCCGAACCAAGUGGAAGCUGCACCGUGGCGAUGCGGUGAACGCGGCCGAUUCCUUGGCAAUGCUCGUCGCACUUUUGGGCCUCGACAGCCCGGAAAUACGGGAACGGGGAUACGUGCUUACCGGAUUGCCCAGGUAACAAGCGCUGUCCGGCUUUUUUCAGUUUUAGAUUUUAACUACAGAUUAAUUUUUUUAAGUAUUGAGAUGUGUUUUGUUUUUUCACGGAUAACACUUUUUUUCUGCUCGUAGAAAUUUUCCAAAGUCUGGAAAACACGGGAGUUUUCGUCCGGCGGUAUAUUAACCGAACCAUUUUUCUAGAUUCGAAAACAGCUUUUUUUGAAAAAUUUUAUAACUGACAAUAAUUAAGGGUAGAUACAGUGUUUUGACGAAAUUUAAGAGAUCCCACUGUUGAACGUAAGAAAUUGUCUAUCGAACAAUAUCUUAUCGGAGAAAUGCGUGCGAUAGAUUCGGAUGUUGAUCACGUGUAGACAAAGAAACAGACAUGCAGAUAUAUUCUUUUAUUAGUAUAUAAAAUAUAUUAUAUAAUUUGUGUGCAGGGUCGGGCCGUAUCACAGAUACAAUAUAUGUAUUAAAUAUACAAGUAUAUGUUGUCUCUUGUUAUUUUGUAUCGGGAAGUUGUAUUUAUUGAGUAUCGAGUAUCUUUUUGUGCUACUACUUAACUGAUUGUUUGGCAUGCCAAACAAAUAAACUAAAAUAAUGAAAAACGCCGUUCGUGUAAAUUGCUUUAUAACAAACAAUUAUAUCGAUAGUUCUAAUAGUAUUUUGUGGAAAUUUGUAGUAUACAUAGUAGAUUGAAAAAUUAACAAAUACAAAUGUAGGUAAGCAGGCUCCUGUUAAAGCGUUUAUUUUCUUUUGCUCGAUUUGUAUUCAUUCACCGUGUAGAGCCAAUUAGUCGAUUUUUUUUUAAUGCUUUUCUGUUUUCCACCUAUUUCGGGGUUUCCCGAUUAUUAAAAAAAACUUUUUGAAAAAUAAACAUGACUACUUUACUCACCAACUAGACUAGACAAUAGGUUUUCUUUAAAAAAAUAAUGCGGUUUUUAAAAUUUCGAAAAAGAUUUCUGGUAGAAAACAACAUUUUUUAAAAUUGAAAAUAAUACAAUGUUAACUCCGUAAAUAUUCGUCUGAUUUUCGUUUCCUGAAAUUUUUUUCGUUUUUUCCCAAAUAUUAUGAAAACUAUUUUUAAAAUUAAAAAAAAAUAAUCUCCUUAUCGAUACACUAACUAGGUCCAAAAUUCAACAAAUAAGGACUUCAGCCAUGUUUUUCGUUGGAUCUAGAUCUCUGGUAAAAAAAAAAGUUGCUCAUAGACAGAAGCAAAAAAUAAGUAAUAAAUAAUAAUAAUAUAAAACGCUUGCCUUUAUCUAUUUUAUAUUCAGUUAUUAUUAGUACAAUUCAUUUUGGACUUUUGUAAAAAUGGUUGGUUGCUACGGUUACAAUUGUAAUUAUUUGAUUUAUUUGUAAAUUAGAAUUUUAUAAGCCUUACAGGUAAUAAUAAAAUAUUCACGAAAUAAUUGAUGUUAAAUUAUGAAAAUGAACUAAUUUAACGUAUUUUAUAUCUUAAAUGUAUCAUUGAUGGGCACUUGUAUCGUGUACCAAGCUACUCUUUUAAUCUUGCCCCACUCUGUAUAUGAGGGGUCUCAGCGGUCACAUUUGACUUUUAAACGGUUCGUAUUUGUUUUCCCGCGUCGAAUUCCGGGUUUUAUUAUAUAUUAUAUAUAUAUAUACUAUACACAGGGGAGGAAAUCCGAAUUUAAUAGCUGUCUAUGCUAACUGGUUGCGUAUUUCCAGACGUUAUCCGAGUUUGGCCCGAGCGGUAUGUAAAUACGUAACCCGUUGCGAUUUUUUAUUCACUAGGAGACUAGAUUUUAGGUUUAUACAUAAGCAUACACUGUCUGCAAAACUUUCUCCAAACAUUAUCAGGUUAGGACCGACCGGGUUAGGUAGGUCAAAGUUUUCCAUUUCUUCUCUGCUUGAUCGAAAUCCGCGGUGGUUUUUCACCAUCGAACAGAGUAGGUAGAUAGCAUACAUUUUAGGAUUAUACUCAGGAAACUGACUUCCUUGAAGUUGUUUUAAGUUUUCGCACCAACUAGCAGGUUGUGUUUCGUGAAACCCCUAAAACUAACUAGAUUACGUUUCGAGUUUGGCCAAAACUCGUAUAGGAACUGUAAACGCGCUGACCGCGGUUCGCAGGUUCGUAUCUUUCGCCGUGUCAUCGUGACUGUAAUUGUACACGUCGCUCGCGGAUUAUUGUCAUAUGAUGUACGUGCAUAUAAGUUAUACUCCCCGCACCGACCAUUCAGACGUCAUAAUAUUAUUUAUUAUAAUGUUAUGUGGGCGGUAUUUUCGUGCGUUGUCCGAUAUUGUAUACCGUGAGAAGAUAAAAAAAAAAAUGUAACAAAACCGUAGAAAGUAUACGGCGAAGCGCAUAAAAAUAUAUCUUCGAUUCGAUCUGAAAACAGAUAUUAAACGGGCGGCGGCCUCUAUUAUAUUAUGUUAAAGUUGCCACGGUAACGGCGUGUUAUAUCGACGCGAAUUUACUGUAGGUGUUCAAUGUGCCAGAAAGAAAAAAAAACACAGAUAAGUAUAUAAGGUAUAAGGAAAACGGUACGUCACGUGCAUCCGUACCGUAGACCGGUACAUCACGUGACUGGUGACUAGUAUCACGCGGUGAGUAUAUUUUUAAAAGCUCUAAGUUAUUGUUUUUUUUUUUUUAUGAUCAACAUUUGUGGUGUGCACCACGACAUAACAGUGACGGGAAAAAGUUAAUCGAUCGAAAUCUGCGAAUACAGAUGGUGUCGUGCUGGAGAUCGGGCAAACACAAUAACUUUUUUUUUUCUAUUCAUUCUAGAACCUAUGCGCCAUGAUUAUUGUGUUUUGUAUAUAUUUUUUUUUUUACAAAAUUAAAGGUACCUCGUGCUUCUGUAUACAAUUAUUUUUGAAACGACAAAUGCCAAUUGUAUUGCAAAUGUACAAAUGUUUACUAAUGAAGAGGCGUUUAUGGUUUUUAAAUGUUUAUCAUUUCACUGUUAUGAUAUGUGUUUUCAUUUUUGUGUCUGUGAACCACGUUUAUACCAGAAAUCUUACUCCGAUUUUUAAAAUGCCUACCUAAUAUUUUUUCUGAAAACAAAUUUUGUUUAGCAAUGAGACGGUAAUUUUUUUUUCCUUGCAGUUUUCUUAAUAAUUGGGAGACAAAAACAUAGAAAAAACGAGAAUGCUUGUUAUAAGUUUAUGACAACGGUUUAAUUAUUUUCAUUUUUUUUUCUGCUUUUUUUCGGUUAAAAAUAACCAAAGACUGGUAUUUUCACAAAAUACUAAUAUUAGCCUCUUUUAGACGUGCUGAUUUUUGGACGAAAACUCCAUCCAAACGGUUAUUAUCGUAUAACAUACAACAUUGACAUUUUGUCCGCCUGUUUGUCCAUUAAACAAAUGUACAGUAAUUUUAUUCCGAUGUUGAUGAAGUUUUGUAAAAUUGAAAUUCAAAAUAAGAGGAUGACCGCUGUCUACUUUUUAUUUCGUAAUUUAACAUCUAAAGGGCGAUUGACACAAAGUUAAUUUAUAUUUUUGAUUUAUGGAUUACCUUGGCGAUACGGAUGGAAAAAACAGUUAUUAUUAUUUAAUUUAGUCUUCUACACAGACAAAAUAUACCCAUUUUAAAAGAUAAAUAACAGCGGGUAACAGCACUUGAUCGUUAUAAGGAUAAGAAUGGAAACGCGGAGAGUUUAUUUUAUUGAAUUAUGUUUUUGAAAGGAUCGAACCCGGAAAAUAACGAGUAAUUUAGCUAUAUUUAUAAAUACAUAUAGGAUGUUGAUGACCUAAAAAAUGAACUAAAAAUGUCAAAAAAAUAAAUACUUUAAUAGACCAAUGACUAAGAAUAUAAAACAUACAUAAUUGAGGGGGGGGGGAAAUGCAAUAGUUAUCAACGUCAUAUAUGAUAUUUACCUAACUUACCUAUUAACAAUAAUGGAAACAUGACUAUGCGCCUGUAACUAAAAGGCUUAGAUUAUAAUACCGUUAUAGAUCAUAGACAGGCGCAUUAAACACACAAUUUUUAAACACGUGAUUGUCAGGUAAAACAGAUUCUCAAACGUUGCUUUUAUUGAUUUUAUUGAAAGCUCCUCAGUUUGCCACUCGUUCCGAAAUAACUUUUAGCACUCAUUUUAGCAACAUUUGAAAAAAAGCCUUUUAGAUGUUUGUUAACUGUUGCUAAAAUACAUACAUUAUUUCUUUUGUCUUUUAGUCCUUUAGUCUUUAGUUUUUUAUACUGAAUAUGUUAACAAUUAUGUAAAAAUUAAUAGUGAAAGUUGUCUAAUCUGUUAUUGGUUAUAAGUAAAAAUAAUAUAAUAAAUACCAAUUAAUAUAUAUAUAAUUUUGUGCAUAUUGUAGACACGGUACGGUUGUGAGUUCGAACGCACAAAUCCACGCGGUAUUCGCCAAGAAUCCGCCGGAUGUACUGAUUUACUUAAGUUUAUCAAAUCGGGAGCUGUACAAAUACCGCGACGGGCUGAUACUGGAGUCCAUGGACCACAAACAUCUGACGCAAAAGCUUCACAUACAACAAAACGAUUUUGAGCAACUUAACCACAGACACGUGAAGUGGUACAAGUCUUUGAGGAACACGAUCAUGAACGAAUUCGAUCUGAACGACUACGAGAAACAUUCGUUAGCGGCGGUGGACGAAACGUUCAAACGGUUCGGCGCCGAUCGGACGAUAACCGUCGACUGUAGAAGACCGGUCGUGGAGCUGUUUCAGAUGAUCAAAGCCAAACUUAAGACGAUGCCUCUGAAACCUACGUUACUGCCGGAAAUCAUAAAUCGGGGAUAUGGAUCAUCCACGUUGUAUCAAACCAAAUCGUAUCGCAUUGCAGAGGACGGCGAAAUGGAAGAAAUGGAAGACGAAUCGCUCUAUGUAGAUGACGAACACGAGGGGGAAACGAACGGAGAAUAUGAAUCGACGGACAACGGAAACGGGACGAGCGCGAAAUACCAGCGUGAGGAUCGGAUACGAUUAAUUUCUGAAUUCGGUCAAUUAUGUCCGGUGAACUUUUAUUACGGUCUGUUCAAAAUGGGCACCGACCGUUAUUCGGUAAAAUUCAUGGGGAAAUUGUAUUUAUUCGCCGGUCCCGACGAGAUGAAAUUGUUCAGUAAAUUUCCCAGGCAAUUCGUGUUCGUUCCCAGGCUCGGGAUGCCUAUAAGGGCAAUAUUCUAUGGCCCAGAAGCGAUGUCGGGUCCGGCCGCCAAAGCCGUCAGCAAUUUCUUCGGCUGCAAUUUGAUAGACGCGAAGCACAUUAGACAGAGACACGAGGAAAAAGACAAACAAUCGUUUGCGUCCACGAUCUUCAAUUCCGUGUUGAACACCGUGCGCGAAAUAACCACAUUACAAGAAGAAACUAACAAAGAAACUAACGCCAUUAGCAUCAUGAGAAAUGCUAUCGGUGAUUGGAUACGGUUAAAUUCCGUUAAUUUAUCGCAUGAGGAUAUUACUGCCGAAUUGGAUAUUCGCAGUUCGGCGGGCGGUGGCGGCGAGGACGAAGUCGACGAAAAUUACAUGUACCUCCAAACUUAUUCCGAUCAAAGUAACUAAAGUAACUAAGUAUUAUGAUAUAGUGUCACAUACGCCAACUGUGUAUUGAUACUUCUCACAUAGAUUAAACUGGUCAGAAUAUUUUUAUUAUUAUUUUUUAAGCCAACUGGACAUUUUAGUCCUUGAGAAUUUCUAUAGAGUGGAAUCGGUACAAACCAUUUUUAUCAACGGUUCGAUUUCUAAAAUAUAUAGGUAUCGUUUUAUUUUGGGUUUUUUUUUCUCUCGUAAAAUCUUUCGUUGUAUAGUAUUUUGAUUAAAAUUUUCCCCGAAAAUGAAACUAUUGCCACUAUUGUAAUACCUAACUUACCGUGACGCCAUAUACAGAGUGAUAAUAUAACGAAAUAAAACACCCGGUAUAAUGGAUUUUUUUUAAAAAAAAAUUUAAUUUUAAUUUAAAAAACCGAGUCCCUUUAAAAUGUUACAAUACCCUUAAAUUUGUCCUCCUUAUGUUUUGGGAUGAACCCCUAAGACAUUCUAAAUUUCAAAUGACAUCUUGUAUGAAAUUCAAUGGUGUUGCAGUUUAAAUACUUUUCGGUGUUGUAAUUAAGUCUAAUUAUACAGUAAACUCGUCUCAGUGUCUCAGUAAAUAAGACAAAAUAGGCUGAUAAUUAACACAAGAAUGCUUUUAACGUGUUUUAUGAAUAUUAAAUAUUAUUACUAUGAUUACAUUAUUAUCGUUUACAUUUUAGAUUCUGAGUGGACCGAGGAAUGAACUAGUUUUACAAUGAUGUUCAUUUAUUUAUUUUAUUUGUUUCCUGUGAACAACUUUUCUACCAGCAAUUUUGCUUUGAUUUACAUUGAUAGCAAUUUUCUUAAAAGUCAAUCUGACUAGGGAGGCACUUUAGUGGGUAAUCUUUCGAUAUCCUCAAUAAAUGAGAAAAGCUUCAAAAAAAACGAUAUAAUAGAUACAAUAUAAACAAAUAUUAUUAAAGAAAAUAUAUAAUGCAUAUCUAAUUUUUUUACAAUAAUGUGACAUAUAUAUUGUUGACAAAGCAACACUAAUAAUCGAAUUCCGCCCAGAAUCGUUUAUUGUUUACAAUUAUUAAUCGAUGCGUACAUUGCAUUUUCCCUCUACCUACCCAACUUCUCAACUAUAUCAGUGGCACAUCUAAAUGCGAAGUAUGUCUGUAUAUUUUUUCCACUACUUUUGUGCACUUUUUAAGCGGCUCGAUCUGAACGAAAUUAACUUAAACUCAGAAAUAGAAGGUUUUUAUAGAUAUAUUGAAGUGAUGCAAGGGUUCAAUUUCAAUAUGAAUUUUUCUAUGUUGUAGCGGGAGAGGAUGAUUUUUAGCUCUGAUCUUCCAUGUAGGACCCCCCCUAAAAUAAAAUCGAGGAGAUUAAAUGUUGUUUAUUAGGUAUUUUAUUAAUAUUAAGAGUGUACCCUUCAGAGUUAUUGACUUGUAAUUUCUUCGCCUACUAUUUUUAUGCUCAAAUUUUCACCUUUUUCUCUGAAAGUAGUAAGUUGAUGGGGGAAAUUUGACUCUAUAUUGACCUCAAUAGUGACGAAGCUCAUAGGAAAGUAGCAUAUUUUUCGAAAAAAAUUUUGUUCAGCGUGUACGAAAGUGGUUUUUUAAUUUAGCAAUGCAGUCUUCAUAAAUUAUUAUAAUUAGGGAAUAACAAAGGAAAGCUUACGGCAUUAUCAGUUUAGUUUUUUCGAUUUCGAUAUUUGUUGUAGUUCAGGUAAAAAUAAGCAUGUAAAUCUGACAUUUAUAUUAUUCUUUUCUUGAAGUGCUAAUAUUUUCAAAUCAUUUUUGAGUUAUUUAUAUUUUUUUUUUGGUUUAAUAUUAUGUGGUUAUAAUCAUUUGAGUAAACAGACAUUUUUUAAAUUUAAGAUGAAUUUCAUUAUAUGUGCUUAAUGAUAAAAAAGAAAAGAAAAAAAGUUUAGCCUAAUUUGGUAAGCGUGUUUUAAAAUCGAAUUUUGACGAAAAUUGGACAAAUUACAACAUUUUAAAAUAUGUAUAAUCGAACUUCGCUCAUGAUCGGUUUCGUUAGCAAUAGUUUACAUUGCCUACAGAUGUAAAUUAAAUAAUUAUUUUAAACCUUCUCAACUUUUCUCCUAAAACAGAGCUACUACUCAUUUUCAGUAUCAGUUUUUUUUUUUUUUUUUUUUAACAUGUUUCUUAAAAAAUAUUUACAGAUUACUAAUAUUAAUGAUCAGUUGAAAUGCCCUAAACAAUUUAAAUUGAUUAUAUAAUAAAAAUUAUUAUAAUACGUAACUGAAUAUAAAAAAUUAUUUCUAGAUACUAAAGAUUUAGCCAAAAAUGAGCAAUUGAAAAAACUCCGAAACCGUUUAGAAUCGUAUUUCAUAGAUUUUGUGGACAAUUUAGACGAGUGUAUUCGGGCUUACAACGAUCCGAUGGUUUUGAUAAAAUAUUUAAGAUUGCGUUUUUUAAGAGAAAACAAAAUCGCUCAAACAGACUUCAUCGACGUUAUUGUUGACGAAGUGCAGGCGAGAAAUAAGCAAUAUAAAAAUUGGAUCAUAGCGAACGCGCCUCUGGAUUUUCAAUUAGUGAAAAAGUUAAUCGAUUCGGACUUAAAUCCAAUCCAAAUGGUCUUUUUUCAUGACGCCGAUCCGGCGCACAAGAUAUUAUUGAACGACGAAACGUUGACCAGAAAUUGGUACAAAACGAUAAGGAAAACUUUCGAAAACGUAAAAAACGGAACGAGGCACGGGACGCUCACAGAACGAGAAACAUAUCCCGAAUUUAUCAGCGGAAUGAAAAAUAGUAUCGAUAACGAUGCUCAAUAUGACGUUUACGACGAUUUGCCCGAAGAGGAACUCGAAGAUUACGAAAGCCGUUUGGAUAUUAUUAUCGACAAUAAUACACAUUUAAGUCACAAUUACAUAAUGGAAAUUAUACUUCCGGAAAUAGUCAAACGGUUAAAUCAAUACACGGAAGAUCUUUUCCAGCAAUGGACCGUCUUGAAACAACAAUCCCUUAAAAUAAUGGACCAGUAUGUGGAUUUCAACGUUAUAGAAUGCAAACCCGAUCCAUCGACGAAUAUACUUAGCGUUUUAAUCGAGGAUACUUUAUACUACAUAAAAAAGUAAGUUUCUUUCGAUUUCAGAUGGGUCACUUUAAAAUUCAGAUAUCCGUCAAGUAAUUUCACCUCAUUUUGGACCACCACAAGGGUCCCACUCCCAAACAUUAUAAUACUUUCACAUGGAAAUAAGAUCUCUACAUUUUACCUGUUAUCCACUCUCCACUAGUUUCAUAAUAAUUAUGACUUUUAAAGCAUCUAGAAUCUUGGUAGUAGUAUACUAUUUUAUGUUAAUUUAUACGCAGGUUUUUAUCAGAGAGGGUGUAUUCCAAGUUUUCCGACGACAAUAAUGUGCCCACGGUAAGCAUACACAACGGCAACACUUCCGUUUAUUGUCCCGUCAGUUUUAAAAACGGUAAACUAUUGGUAGGAUCCAAGCAGUACGCGGCGGUCUAUCAAAAUAGAUAUUAUUACAUGAGCUCUUCGAAACACUUCAAAGCGUUCAUUUCCAAUCCAGUCAAAUAUGCAUUGUUCACCAGCAAUCCGAAAUCGUACCCAAAACCUAAAAUAUCUUUAUUGUCUUCGUUCGGCCUUGAUGCAACGGAUUUCAACAAAAAGCUAUUGGAUACUUUCGACGAUUUUACUCUGGUGGAUUCGUAUAAGAUUUUCAAACAAAACGUUUUACCAAAAAACACUCCGAUGUUGGGAAAAAUGCACGAGGAACCGACACUCAAAAAAAUAAUGGACGAACAUUUCGUAACGGUAAAUCAUAAUCAAAAAUAUAUUAACAAUUUGAGAAAAUACGUGAACAGAGAAAGCGCUUACUUGUCCGACGAAAAUUGGAUGAAAUUGAAUUCGGUAUUUUGCCAAGCCGACGGAAGCGUGUUCUAUCAAAAUUAUCCACGGAACUUGGUCGAACUGAAGUAUUUAAAACACAACGGAAUCAAUCCCGACGUAAUAGUUGAAGUGGUGGCUGCCGACGAAGAAAAAAAACAAAAUGACGCGAAACACGCGGCUAUUAAAAACUGGUUGACUUAUCAAUACGCUCUGAUCGAAAAUGUCAUUAAGCACGACGACGCGACCAGGCGGAUUACCGCGAGUAGACGAUCCGCACUGUUCAAGAGCAAACUGGCAGAAUUGGUCAACCGGAAAAUACACGACAGAAUAAAAUCGCGUUUACAUGUAAUCAUAGACAUGAUCGUCGUAGAAACAGAGUACGGGCCUGAUAAUGCAAUGAUCGAGCAAAGUUGCCAAAACCAACAGCCGUUAUUGUCCGGCGUGGAUUCGACGGUGUCCACCUUGUCGAAAUUACGGUCCCGAUAUUCCGAAAUGACAUUAAAACAUAAAAAAAUCGUCAUAGAUUACGGACUGGCCGUCGAGGAUUUCGUGGGCAUGGACGAUUUCGAGACAUUGGAAAAAAUCGACAAGGCCGUAGAUGACGAAAUUCCGGAGCCCGAGCUUCUGAUUACGAAAUGUUUUUCGGAUAAAUUAAAAUUUCCGUCUGACGCUAUGAUAGCGGCCCAAUUGAACACCGAAAAAACUGUUUUGGAUGGUAUGCGAAAGUUUGCCCGGUCAUCCGGUAUACCAUGGAUUACCACAGUGCUGUCCGCGGACGAUCAGGAUUCCCGUUCGGCAACCCUUUGCAAUGACAUCGCUAGAGCGUUGCCGAGCGUCGAUCACUGUGACAGUCUUUUCGAGACGACGUUUAAGGUAAACUUGGACGAGGCUGAGAGAAUGCUACGUUUCGGUGAAGUGUACCUGAGCAAGUACGGCCACUGGUGUCCUGUCCACAUGUGGAACGAAAAUCCCGAAACGGCGGUCCAGCGGUUCUACGCGGACAGCGUGGAAGGGCGUGCGUUCGCUGUUGUACACCGCAAGUACGUAUACUUCCUGAGUGGCCCCGAGCACCGGGACGAGUUCGCCCAGCGGCCUUUGCAUUACGCGUACCGGUCAUUCGCUGCACCGGCCAACAUAGCACUGAGGUUAGCAGUGGUCGGGCCGCCGGUCUCCGGAAAAUCUCGGACAGUCCGAGUGCUGUGUGACCGGUAUGGCCUCGAACUGGUCCGCAUCGAACAAGCCGUCGAAUCGUACCUGAAUGCUAACGGCUGGACCGACGACGCGCAGUCAGCGGUGCAAAGGCUGAACCGUGGCUGCGCGCUGAUGGACGUCACGUUAGUAGAGGCGGUGAAAAUGGCAGUGCAAACGACCCGAGCGGCCGUGUGCGGUUAUGUACUGGACGGGUUCCCAAUCACCGAAAAUCAGUUCAAGCUGUUGGACGAUUCAGGCAUCAUACUACACAGGGUGUUUGUGAUCCAAAACGACACUCUGUUCGUCGGCGAAGGUCGCGAUGAUGGCCAUAUGCCUUACGCUCUGCUUAACGACGCUCUGUUCGUCGGCGAAGGUCGCGAUGAUGUUCAUAUGCCUUACGCUCUGUUGCUGCAUAGGCUGCACGCCUGGAACGUUGCGUUCGUGGGUCUGGAAUGGAUAUCGGACAGGUACGGCAACGCGACCGCAAUUGUGGCGGGACCGGAAGACGACAACGACGAUGACGGUUGGAUGACGGUGGUGGACGAAGCGGUGCGGGCGUUCCUCGGGUCGGCCCGUGAAUACGACAAGGCGAUGCGCGAAGGUCGGCCCGUCCGUCUGGCUGGUCUCGCGGUAACGGUCCACGAACGCCAGGCCAUGAUGAGCACUUUUCUGAACCAGUGUCCGGUGUGUCGGGUGGACGAAAAUUGUCUGAACAACGGGCCGGAUAACGACCCGACGCGGAAUUUGGUUCAGCAUCUGUCCUUCGUCUAUCGCGUGUGCCCGGUACACUGGGAUGCAUUCGCCGCGAACCCGGACCGGUACGCAAACCUGGCACCCCGGGAGCCCGAAAAGGAGCCGGUGCACGUGACCGACGAGGAACUAUACGUGAACCCAUACGUGCACCGCGAUAACGUCUCGGUGUACUGCGCGGUGUGCGCACUCCGCCGUCUCUGGGACCCGGUGUACAGCCGUGGCGACAGCGAGCACUUGGUCAAGUACGGGAAACGCGUGUACGCGCUGUGCUCGGCCGAAUGUAUGGGCGAGUUCAUGCGUCAGCCGUUCGCGUACGCAGAGUACGUGAUGUGCGUCCGGGGGCCGGCCGGCGACGAGCCACUGUACGACGUCGACCGCUGCGGCCACCUGGACGUGGACAAUUUACCGGUCCUGGGUUAUUUGGAGCAAACGAUCGCGGGGCACGUCAGCGACGCUCUGACCCUAUUGUCCGCAAUGAAGCCCGUGUAUCCGGGGCUGACGGCCGAGGCCACGGCCAUGGUGUGCUUGGGCCUGUACGUGGGUAUGCACGGGACUGACGACACCGUGAACGCGCAUUACCGCGACACCUUUGCACGGUUCGUCGACACGUGUCACAGAUUCAAAACCGAAGUGUUCAAGUUAAAACUGGUGAUGUGAAUUGGUCACUUUUUUCGUCGACACCGACGAAGAGACGUAGCAACGGACGUUAUUUGUGUAGUCAGCAGCGUUUAACGUUUCUUAUAAAUACAUUUUUCGAAUCGAAAUCGAAUGUUAAUCGAUGCGACCAGUAAAUUGCGGGGGCGGGCAUCAUGUAGGCGAAAUAGACACUCGACAUCGUAUUUCUGUUUUAUUAUUUACGGCCGACGGCAGUUUUACAAAGAAGCAAGUGCCUAUACGGUGAAAUUCACAACACUAUACGAUGGUAAAAAAUUACCAUGUGGUCCGAAUCUAAAAUUUUACUUGCGCGGUUUUUCGCUUUUACUCUAAGCACUCUAACCGCGUGAGCUAUGGAUUUAUUAGACGCAUUGCUCUUUUUAUAGGUUCGGUACACCGACAGUUUAUUAGUUUUUUUCUACGGUUGCCGAUCACGAACGCGCGUCUGUUCCGGCACCCAGUCCUUGGUACAUGAAUCGUACCUAGCAUUGCAUUUUGCCGGUUGUGCAGGCGCCUCAGUUGAUUAGUAGAAAAAUGUAAACACUAAUACAAAAAAACAAAAAAAAAAACCCACCCUCGUGAAACUAAAUGCGAUGCAAAUAAAAAAAAUGUCACUCGUUCCCCCGGCACCGUUCAAGGGGUCUGUAUGAGUGUUCUCA